AUGGUGACGUUCAAUGAACUGCCAAACGAAAUUCUUUUAAUGAUUUGCAAGGAAUUGAAUGAUAUUGAUAUUUUGUACUCUUUGAGGAAUGUCAAUGAACGCUUCAACCAAAUUAUUCACAAUUUAUUGUUAAUCAAUCGGUUGACUUUCGUACAAAGAACUUACUUUCACUUUGUUGAUUUGAUCUCUUCCGAUGAAAUACUUUAUCAAUUUACUUCGAAUAUUCUACCACAAAUUGCUGAUCAAAUCGAAUGGAUUGAUCUGGAGUCAUCUAGAAUGGAAGAUAUCUUACGUGCUACCAAUUACAACAAUUUGCACGGUCUUGGCCUUUAUAAUAUUAACGAAAUCUCAGCGAAGUAUCUUCUGAGUGAAGCAAAUGUGUGCUGUGGGCGUUUGAAAAAUUCGAUUCGAAAACUUGUUAUGACUUUUAGCAAUGAGUUUGAGACUUCAUAUGAAAUUUUUUUAUUCAUGUCAAACCUCGUCAAUGAGAUCUUCAAUAUUUUGCCUGGCUUAACCACUUUGGUAUUCUCGGAAGUAAAAUAUCAAAAUUGUUUUCGAUUAGAUUUCAGUGAAUCUCCAUUGAACUGUUUUACUUCUCCGAUUCUUCAAAAGUUAAUCGUUCAUGUUGAAAAUUUCGACGAUUGUCUUUAUCUUCUUGAUGGUCGUUUCCCUCAACUUGAGACAAUGCAUGUUGAUCUGAUAACUAUUCGUCCACCGAAACACGUCCGAAGUGAAGGCUUUUUACCUUAUUUAAAGCGUUUUGCUCUUUCGUGUCGAUGGUUAACCUAUGAUUAUGACGAAACCAUUCCACCACUUCUUCGUCGAAUGCUAAAUCUGACGAAAUUGAAUCUAUGUUUAACUCUUGGACUUUUCUCUCAGAAAAUCGUUGAUGGAAAUAUUAUAAGGAGAGAUAUCAUUAGUCAAUUGCCGAAAUUGAAAAAAUUCGAUUUUUUCAUUCACUCAAUAACAUUUAAACAAAAUGAAGAUACUAUAUCAUCAAUAGACGAUAUUCAACGGACAUUUAUCGGCUUUGAGAAAAGUUCUGUUCGAUGA